ACGGUUGGUUUCUUGUUUAUCCAGUUUGUGCAAGAGAGUGGGAAGCAGCAGGCCGCCUCCCCAGUGCACCAUCAGCCCAGCAUACCACCCCACUCCGCCCAGUGGAGAAAUGGCUGCUUUGUUAUCCUUGCCCUCGCGUGCAAGACGCCCAGCAGCAAUUCCUUCCUCCCUCACAAAGAAGGCGCCACCCUUCGCCUGUCCCUCACCCUCAUCAAGAGUGCCCAUCUGCCGGAAGAGGCGCCUUUCCGUCCUCUGCCUCCAGAAAUCCCAGGCCGACCUCGAGGUCCUCGGCAGCUUCCAAGGGUGGCUCAGAGAGAAGGGGGUGUCGUUUCCCUCUGUGAAGCCGGGGUUCGUGCCGGAGGGCUUGGGUUUGGUGGCGCAGAAGGACAUUGGCAGGAACGAGGUGGUGGUCGAGGUGCCCAAAAGGACUUGGAUCAACUUGGACACGGUUGCCGCUUCCGUCAUCGGCCCGGUCUGUUCAGGAAGCAAGCCUUGGAUUCGCAUCGCGCUGUUUCUCUUGCGUGAGAUGGCAGUGGGUGAAAAAUCUGAUUGGAGCCCUUACAUCAGAAUCCUUCCUAAACACAUGGACUCUACAAUUUACUGGUCAGAGGAGGAGCUUGCUGAGUUAGAAGGAACUCAACUUCUGAGCACUACGUUGAGUGUCAAAGAGUAUGUUGAAAGUGAAUUCAACAAGGUGCACAAAGAAAUACUGGUGCCUCACCAUCAUGUCUUUCCUCAUCCUGUAACAUUAGAUGAUUUUCUUUGGGCCUUCACCAUCCUCAGGUCGAGGGCAUUUUCACAACAUCGCGGUGAAAACCUUGUGCUAAUUCCUCUGGCAGAUCUGAUCAACCACAGCUCCAGCAUUACUACUGAAAAUUCUGCCUGGCAAAUCAAAGGGACAGGCCUUUUUUCUAGGGAACUGAUUUUCUCAUUGCGGGCGCCAGCUCCGGUAAAGGCUGGUGACCAGGUCUACAUACAGUAUGAUCUAAAGAAAAGCAAUGCGGAGCUUGCACUAGAUUACGGAUUCAUAGAGACAAACUCAGAUCGGGAUGUGUAUACCCUGACGUUGGAGAUUCCUGAAUCUGAUCCUUUUUAUGAAGACAAGUUGGAUAUUGCCGAGUUGAAUGGAUUGGGGACAGUAGCUUACUUUGACGUUGUGUUAGGCCGUUCUCUUCCAGAAUUGAUGCUUCCCUACUUAAGGCUGCUUGCACUUGGUGGAUCGGAUGCCUUUCUCUUGGAAGCUCUUUUCAGAGACAGCAUUUGGGAUCACCUACAACUGCCUGUAAGUCGAUCAAAUGAAGAGUUCAUGUGCGAGGUGGUUGCCUGUGCCUGCCAAACUGCGCUAUCAGGUUAUAAGACCACCAUCGAUGAGGAUGAGGAACUGAAGGGGAGAGGUGAUCUUCCUCCAAGGCUAAAAAUUGCAGUUGGUGUAAGGGCUGCAGAGAAGAAGGUAUUGCAACAUGUUCUGAAAGUUUUCGGGGAAAGAGGGAUGGAACUAGACGGGCUGGAAUACUAUCAGGAGAGGAGACUUAAAGAACUUGGACUGGUUGGAGAGCAAGGAGAAAUAAUCUUCUGGGAAUCAAAGUAGGAGAGCAAGGAAAAAGAAUCGCUUGGGUAUCAAAGUAGGACCUCUCUCUCUCUCUCUCUCUCUCUCUCUCUCUCUCUGUGAUUUGGCUUGGGGAUGGUCAUGGUUUUGGUUCCAUCAUGAGAAGUAGAACCUGUGUAAAUCAAAGAAUGAGAAAUCGUUCGACUAGAUUGUGCACACAUGGAAAUGUGCAGACUUCAA